CCUGCCCCUGGUAGGGUGGGGUAGAUAGGUGGAGUUUGUCCCACACUUGAAAUAAAAGCUUACCUACAUGUAGCCAAGAACUCAUUGAAUAAGCUUUUUUCCUUCUCUCUCCUUUUUGUUCUCACAAAAUGUCCUAAAUAUCAUUGUGCCGAAGAGGACAAAGAGGAGAGGACAUUGUGGAACUCUCAAGAAGGCUUUUUACAGCAGGUUCACAUUGCAGAUUAUAACUACUGAGAGCAAAUGAAGCCACACCUGAGAAGGCAUCAACACUGAACUCCCACCGCUUGCAAUGCAAAUAGGGUGACAACAAAGUGGAAACUACAGAGAACACACUUAAGACCAAGAUGACCACCAAGAAGGCAGAUGUCCAACGGAGGAUCGUCUCCAAGAAUGGACACAACCAAGUGCGCAUUGACAACGUGGAGGGCAUGGUGAAGAUCUACCUCCACGACAUCUGGACCACGGUGGUGGACAUGAAGUGGCGCUAUAAGCUCACCCUCUUCUCCUCCACUUUCAUAAUGACCUGGUUCCUCUUUGGGGUCAUCUUCUACAUUAUUGGCAUGGUCAACGGUGACUUCGAGGGUGAGUUGCUGUCCAACCACACGCCCUGUGUCAUGAACGUCGCGACCCUAACCGGUGCCUUCCUCUUUUCCCUGGAGUCGCAGACCACCAUUGGCUACGGCUUCCGCUACAUCACCGACGAGUGUCCACUGGCCAUCUUCGUCCUGCUGGUCCAGCUGGUCACCACAGGCCUGGCUGAGAUCUUUGUAACCGGGGCCUUUCUGGCCAAGCUGGCGCGACCCAAAAAGCGGGCCGAGACCAUCAAGUUCAGCCAGUUGGCAGUGAUCUGCCGCCACAAUGGUAAACUAUGUCUGAUGGUGCGUGUGGCCAACUUGAGGAAGAGCCUGCUGAUCCAGUGCCAGCUGAUGGGCAAGCUGCUCUCACCCAAUGUGACUGAGGAGGGCGAGAAGACUCUGAUCCGCCAGACGGCUGUGGACUUCUACAUAGACUCGUGCGGGGAGUGCCCCUUCCUAAUCCUGCCCCUCACAUUCUACCACGUGCUGGAUGAGAGUAGCCCCCUGGCGGGGCUGACCGCCGAGAGGUUGCGGACGCGUGACUUUGAGCUGCUGGUCACACUUAAUGCCACCAUGGAGUCCACGGCAGCCACUUGUCAGAGCCGCACCUCAUACGUUCCCCAGGAGAUCCUGUGGGACUACAAGUUCAAGCCUGUGCUCUUCAGCACCCCUGGUGGCCAGUACGUGGCCGACUUUAACUUCUUUGACAAGGUGCAGGUGAGCAGCGACCCUACACUCCCCAGCAACAACAAAAAUAAGCUGAAACUAGAGGAGUACAAGAAGGAAUAAGAGGUCCCUCAAACAUGUUGGACACUGGUAAUAAACAUGACCCACAGUUACUGUCUGGAAACAAUUUGUAAACACGUGUUACGGAAAUAUAUCUGUUUUUAUUUCAUAUAACUGCUAAACCCAAUAUGCAUGAGUGAAUGAUGACACUUUUCGACAAAUAAACUCAUGUUCAACAUGAUCAGUAUGCAUCUGGACAGUAAAUUCUGGUGCAGUAUAUAACUAGCACAUCGUUUGGAUCCACAAGCCAUAUAAUAGGAGAAUAUGGACAUACAGGCAAAACAAGGACUGGGUCUCAGGUGCCAGUGUUUGAGUGGAACUGUGGCAGCAACUAUUGCUGUACUAGAAAUAUUUAACCUGUACAUAGGAUUCCAGGAAAGAAGAUUCAAGAUGUUGUUUCUUUGUAUCACUCAAGUUGGAUAUUUUAAAAUAUUAUACAAAUGUCACACUAAGAGCAGAUGGGGAUAGAACAAAACUUUUUUAGUGUGUAGUGCUUGAGAGCUGUGUUUUUUCUGUCUAUGAAUAAACCAUUGACUUUGAAGAA